AUGAAAAAAAGAACAAGAGAUAAUAAUGAUAAUAAUAAUAAUGAAGAAGUUGAUAUUAAAAAAUUGAAAGAAGAUAAUAACAAUAAUGAAAAUAAUAAUAAUAAUAAUAUUAAAAGUUAUGAAGAGGAACUUAAAUCAAUAAAAUCAAUUAAAAAAUCUGAAUUAUCAAUUAAAAGAUUACAAAGUAUUUCAAAAGAAAUUGGAUUACCAAUAAAUGGUAAAAAAGAUGAAAUAUAUAAUAGAAUUGAACAAUAUUAUAAUAUUAAAAUUAAAUUAGAAAAAGAAGCUAAAGAACAUGAAGAGAAAAAUCCAUUUAAUAAAACUAAACCAAUAUUAUUAAUUGAAAAUGAUGAUGAAAUACCAUUUUGGAAAGUUUUUAGAAAUAAAUCAAUAUUUAAAAAGAUAUUUUCAAAUUUUAAAUAUUCAGAGACAUUUAGUUAUUCAAGAACAUAUUCAGUUUUUUUUAUUUUUAAGGAUUUUAAAAAUGCUACUGAAAUCAUUAGAGACAAAGUAAAAUCAAAUAGUUAUUUAAAUUUUAGAAAUUAUAGUGAUCUGAUUGUCCAAAAAGAAGAAAAAGAAGAAGAUGAUGAUGAAGAUGAGUGUUUUAUUGGUUUAGUAAAGAUUUUAGAAAACAUUAGAGAUGAAACUGAAGAAAAUAGAUUGUUUUAUGAUAAACUUAUAGAUAACUAUUGUAAUAAGUCAAUUCACAGUAUGGCUUUAUUGGCUAGAAUGAUUACCUGUUCAAAUUUGGUGGCUUUGAAAUCAUUUAUUAAUAAAAAAAUUUACUUUCCAGGAGUCGGUUUUAGCCCAACAAUUAAAAGAUUUUCAGAUAUUAAAACUUUGGAAUAUUUAAUUAAUCUUGAACAUGAUUCUAUCAAUUCUAUUAGUGCAUCUAUCUAUGAUUUCAAUUUAUUUAAAGAACUUAAAUUGGGUGAAUUAAUUCAUAUGAUCAAAAUAUUAUAUCAAAAAGAAAAAAUUUCCAAAUUUUUAGAUUUACCAUAUUAUCAUAAUUUUAUUAUAAAAUUACCUGAAGAUACCCUUUCUUCUGAUGAUGAAGAUAAAUUUAUUGAUGAACAAUUUAAACAACAUAAAAAAGAAUUUAGAGAAGGUGUUAUAAAAAAAGAAUCAAUUAUAAAUGAAAUUAAAGAUAUUCAAUUUUCAAAUAAAGAAUUAAAUGAAAAUUUAUUUAUGGUUUUAAAACCAUUAACAAAUUGGGAUAAUUAUUUUUCAAAAUUAAAUGAUAAUUAUAAAGAUACUACUAGUAAUAAUAAUAACAAUGAUGAUGAAAAUGGUAGUGAAUUAUCUUUAUUAAAAUUUAAUAUUUUAGAAUUAUAUAAUAAUAAAUUAAAGAAAAAUUUUGAAAAAUUACAAGUAUUAUUUAAUGUUAAAAAAUUUGAAUUUCCAGAAAAAGAUUUUCAAGACAUUGAAAAUAUUCACAAGGAACAAAUUGAAAUUGAAAAAGAAAUGAAGAUUCUAUUUAAAAAACAAAAUGAAUUAAUUGAAAAACAAAAACAAGAAAAAGAAUCUCUUCAGUCAGAAGAUAUUCCAAUUGAAUAUUAUUUAUGUUUUAAAGAUGAAAAAGAAAUUAUAUUAAAUGCAAAAAAUUCAAGAAAGGAAUUAUUAAAAAAUUUUAAGUGGAAUUACAGAUGUUUUCAGUUCACCAAAGACAAAUUAGAGUUGAUAAUGCAUUCAAAAUUUUUAAUUGAAAAACCAUAUAAACAUAUGUUUGAAGAUUAUGUUGGGUCCUAUGUAAUUAGUAAUGUUAAAUCAAUUGAUAUGUUGGAUCUAUUAUUUAAAAAUUUUUCAAACAAAUUCUUUAAAGACAACAAUCAAAAUUGGCCAUACUGCAAUAGUAUUGAAAUUUUAAAACAUUAUGAAAAACUAAUGGAAUCAUUAGGUAGAAAAUUCUCACUCAAUUUUAAUUAUGGUAAACAAAAUGAAAUGUAUCCAAAAUUAUUAAAAAGAGCUAUUAGUAAUCCGAAAUUAUAUCAAUGCCCAGGUUCCUCAUCUUCCCCUUCAGCAACACCAUCAUCACCAUCAAAUGGAGAAAAUCCAUUAAAAGUUAAUAAUAUUAUUGUAAAGGAAAGAGCAUUUUUAUCAUUAUUAGAAUUAAAUUAUUUUAAAACUAUUAGAUUUGGUAAAAAAUUCCAAUUUAACAAAAACUCUUUUAAAAUUUCAAGAUGGAUCUCAGAUAAUUGUAUUUCAGAUAUAUCAAAAAUCACUUUUAAUGAAGGUCAUUUAACUAAAAUUUAUAUUCAACUACCAAAUAUAAAAUGCAAUAAAAAUGAUCAAAAUGAUGAAGGCUACUAUGAUUAUGUUGAAGAAUAUAUGGAUUAUGAUAAUGAUUACGAAGAACAAUUUUCUUAUUUUUCCUCACAUAUUAAUAAUAAUAAUGAUAAUAAUAAUGAUAAUAAUAAUGAUAAUAAUAAUAAUAAUAAUAAUAAUAAUAAUAAUAAUAAUAAUAAUAAUAAUAAUAAUAAUAAUAAUAAUAGUAAUAAUAAUAAUAAUAAUGAUAAUAUUGAUAAUAUUGUUGAAAGAUUAUUACAAAAUCCAAUUAGUUCAGAAAUUGGUUUCAGUGUUCAAACCUUUUUAAGGAAUUUGGUCUCUUAUGGUAAUCUUCCAAUUAUUAAAUUUUUAAAUUUAAAUUAUAGUCAUAUCUUCUUAAAAAAGGCAAGUAAUGGACGUAAUUUAGAAACAAAAGAUUUAAAGAAUUUACUUUUAAUGGCAAUUCGUUAUGAUUUUCCUCAAAUCGCUGAAAUUCUUUUUGUUUAUGUAAAAGUAACUAGAGCUGAAUUCAAAAAAGAAGUGCCACCCAAACAAUUCUCGUUAGUAGCUGAACUCUUCUUUAGGGAUUUAAAUUAA